AUGAAGACUGCGUGUUUUCUGUGUGCAGAGGCCAUUGUAGACAUGAACGUAUGUUACAUCCUGGAUGGCAUUCUCAUCCUGUACGGCAUCAUUCUCACUGUGUUGUACUGCAGACUGAGGAUGAGUCCGGCCAAGAAAACGCCUGCCAAUCAGCCUGAGAAGCAGCCUGCAGAGGGAGGCAUCUAUGCGGGCCUGACUUCUUGCAGCACUGAUACCUACGAGACCAUCAAGAUGGAUAAAAAGGCCAUAGUGUGAUGGAGGGAGGUUUGGUGCAGAGAGGAUGCUGAGCACAGUGUCCAUCCUCUCCAGGCUUUAUACUGUACAUUAGGCUGUGUGAACGUGUGGCAGGUGUGCGUAGAGUUUCUAUACAUGACUUUUCUAACCCCUUUUUUUUAUUUGUAAAAAUAUCACUUUUAUUUCUACACUUUUUUGUCAUGCAUGAAUGAAAUGUUCAAAUUAAAUUAAUUUAACACUUUCCUAAUAAAGGCUACGUCAGUG